UUCAGAAGCUCAGACGCGUACAUGGAGUAUCGUAAUCGACAACACAAGGACGACAAGGGCGGACAAGAACAGAAAUGGCCCGACCGGUUGGAGUUCGCUUUCUUCAAGGCUCUGGUGAGAUGGCCACCAAUGGGCCGACGCAAGUUCCUCCACAAGGAGAAGCAGCGAGGUCGAAACGAGUUAAUUGCCGAUGCCAUUGAGGAGGAAACCGGCGAAGCCAGGACUAGAAAGCAAGUUUCAAGCCAUAUCCAGGUGCUGAAGCCGUUUGUCGAAGGCGAU